UGAACCUGUGCAAUUUUGCAUAGUGUGAGUGCGGCAUGAGUAAGGGACCGGCAGACGGUAGCUGGGGUAAUCAAAGUUCAUUCAAAAUAGGAGCGUUGCAGGGCUUCGGAAUUGAGGGGAGGUGUUUGACGCAAUAGCCUACGGCAGCAGGAUAAGGCCGAGGUGCAAGAAACUGAUGCUAAAGUAAAAACGAGAAGUGGAAGUGGUUUUGACAUUCGUCAAUCGAGUGCACAAAUGAGGGAACAUUAGAGCACAGGCUUGAUGAUUGUAUCUUCAAGAAUUUUCCAAUAAAGAAAUGGACAUUCCAACUCUGUCUCAUUCAAAAGAUGAAAGUGAAAACAUUUCAACUCAUGACUUAUUGGAGAUGAGAACUCGUCUGAAUGAGGAGCUUAAGCAGUUGACAGUAGCACAGAGUGCUGCAAGUCACGACUCCAAUGGUGGGGAUGAAAGUGAAACAGAUUUAUCACAGCGAGUGAAUGAACUGAAAGAACAACUGUUGGAAGAGUCUAAUAGAUGCUCUACGAAUGAGCUGCUAUUAAAACGGGUACAGAUGGGCCAAACCUUGUGUGAAGAACUCUUUACCAAUGGGACAGAUCCAUCUGACAGUGGCUGUGCAACGCGCUGUCUACAAGAGCUGGAGUUGACUUCACAACUAAAGAGAAUCCUCAAGGAAACGUCAGAUCUUGAAGACAAGCUGGUCCAACAGAAGAUGGCCAACCUUAAACUUAAAAAAGAAAAUGCCUUUAUGAUGCAGAAGUUGAAAGAUAGCAGGAAGAGCCAUGAAAAGGUUUCCUCAGAAAUUUCUACAAGCCCUGAAUACAAACAACUGAAAAGUGAACUUGAGAAGAAGUGUGUGGCAGUGCAGAUCAGCAAACACAUUGCUCAGCUGAUUAUCAUGAACUCUGGAGCAGACCUGACUGAAGACUCAGAUAUGAUGGAACUGCUCUUGAAGUGUGGCAAACCACUACUGCUGUAGGCACUUCAUCACAUCGACUGCAAGAGUCUGGUUGCAUCAUGCUGAUCUAUGGUAAAAGGCGCGGAUGGGAUGACCUUGAUUCAAGUACCCAUAGGGCUUUUGUGAACUUCAAUUGUUUCAGGAUGGGCGUCUGUGGUGUAGUGGAUAGGUGCUGCACUGUCGCAUGCAAAAAACCUGAGGUUGAUAACGUAGUUUGGAAAGGAAUGCUUUAUAGAGUUUCUCGGUCUGUCUACUUGGAUGUAUCUUUUUUUUUUUUCUUUUUUUUUUUUGGUGGGGGAAGGGGGGGGGGGGGUUGAGGGUAAACAACCCUUAAGAAGUAAAUCCUGAUCAUUGUACAUACUGUUUAUAGCAGUGAAAGCAAAGAUAGUCUACCCUACGGUAAGAUUCUGCGACUACCUGUUUCUCUCUCUAAAAAAAUAAUGUCUUCCUCUGAAGACACCCAGUUCUUCAAGUCCUAAAACUGGCGCUUAGUCAUGCUCAGUCUCCUCAUCUUCAAGUGUGGUGGCAAGGGCCUUCACAACAUCAUUUUUGUCCAUUUUAAUGUCAGUAUUGACAGGUGCAUUGCUCACCAGUUUGUCUGCUUGUUCAUUUCCCACCACACCCGUAUGGCUUGGAGCAUAGAUCCAUGUUAUUUCUCUCAGUCUGCUUUCUUCUAUGCUUUGCAGCAACUCUUUUCUCAGCAUCCACUUAUUGACUCUCUGCAAUAUGUUCUGAGAGUCAAUGACAAUGAUAGCAUGUCUGGCAAGCUCUCUUUUAGCCAUUCAAAUGCUUUUCUCACUGCCUCUACCUCCAUUCUUGUGCUUGAACUCGUCUUGCUGCAUGCACCAGAUGAUUUUUUAAUAAUGCGGCCAUCUUUAUGUACAACAAAGCCCCAACCAUUUUUCACCCCACGUUUCACAGAACCAUCAGUGUAUAUUACUCAGGACUGCCUAAGUCUACCGAUUUUUCCGGUAGAUACCGAUUUUGGGCUUGUUCUACCACCAUACUGAUAAAGAUGUCAAAACUACCGAAUUUGCAAUGGGUGCCGAAAGUAGAAGAAAAAAAAAUCAGUCUGCUGUGCUUCCAAUCUUCCUUGUAUUUGUGGAAAUCCGUACUUUCUGAAAGUUCCGUACUUGCCACAUUAUCAUAUCAACUCCAUGCGUUAAAGAAACGGAGAGAGAGAGAGAGAGAGAGAGUCAGACAGACAGUAUAAGCUUAUCGGCAUUCCGUAGCAGUAGCAAAUGAUUAGCGCUUGCUUCUGUAACUUCUCGGAUAUUUACCGUUACUCUCGGCAAUAAGUUGUAUGGGACACUGCCAGAUUGCACAUUUAGUGCACUCGUUCUUUGUCUCUCUGCAGUUUGGUCGGCAAUAGUUUUUUAUGUGCAUGUUGCCUAAAAUCUGGCUACUCACGACAGAUAAUCUUCCUCCUUCCUUUCAUUCAUUCUUUCUUUCUGUCUAUCUUCGGGUUUUUGCUGCAGCUGAAAAAUCUGUGCAUUUAUCUCUAGAAAACAGAAUUGUGAAUGUAGAAAGAAAAUUGGUAUCAGAGUCAGAGCAAAACUUCUCAAAUUUGUCUUGAUCUAGAGAACUGGUCAGCCAUUAUGAGGAUCCUACCUAGGGUGACUGACAUGCCCGGGAAUCCCGGAAGCCCAGGGAAUCUGAAAAAAAAAUCGCAGAGACCCGGGAGUGUCCCUGGAAUUUGAGGAAAUCUGUAAAUUAUCCUGUGAAAGACCUAUGAAAAUGACAAAGUCCUCGAAACC